AAGGUCGUAGAAAGCUCGGAGACAUCUCAUUUUGUAGAGAAUCGGCUUUUCUCGCAUUGUAUACUAUUAAAGAAAAGCUUUUUUCACGGCUUCUAGGUGUUGAAAAAUUAGAUUUUUGGUUUUUUGAAAAAAAAGUCAUGAUCCUUAUUUUCUCAGAUUCGUGUUGGAAACAAUUUCCUCUAUCCAAAUCACUAUUUGGAUUUCUUUCAGCACUUACAGUUACCGAAUAAGACGCAAAUUACACCUUGUCGGAUAAUUUUGGGUGCCACUGUAAAUUUUUUCUUAUUGUUUUUUUUUGUUUUUUGAAAAAUUAGAAUAUCAUUUUUUAAUGAAAUAAGUCUAUUAACAUCACUUUGUCAUCCAAAUAUAAUACAUUCAUAUGGUUUUUGUUCAGAACCAACAAUAUCAUUAUUAACAGAAUCAUUACAUUUAACAAGUAUUGAUCUUUAUCAAUAUCUACAACAUUAUAAACAAGAACAACAAAUGAAUGAUAGUUUAUAUGCAACAACUAUAUUUUUUGGUUCACAAAUAUCAUCAGCAUUAACAUAUUUAGAAUCCUUACAUAUAUAUCAUCGUGAUAUAGCUGCAAGAAAUUGUUUAGUUACACUUGAUUUAACAAUAAAAUUAUAUGAUUUAGCUAUGUGUAAUGAAAUAUAUACAGAUGAUUAUGUUUUAAUAACUAUUGAUAAUAAUAUUGAAACACGUCGACCUAUACGAUGGUGUUCAUGGGAAACAAUUUGUUUAAAUCGUUUUACAUCAAAAUCUGAUGUUUUUUCAUUUGGUAUACUUCUUUGGGAAAUAUUAACUAUGGCUGAACGACCACAUAGUUUAUUAGAUGAUAAUCAAGUUCUUUAUAAUUUACGUAAUUCAAAUCAUUAUUUACUUAUACCAUCAUAUGGAUUAGAUUUAAUUGAUUUAAUAUUAUCAUGUUGGUAUAAAUGUGAUUAUGAUCGACCAACAUUUUGUCAAAUAAAUCAUAUAUUAUGUCAAAAACAACAACAAUUAAUGACAAAAAAUAUUGAUAAUUAUCAACAAACUAAAUAA